CCUGACAGGCAACGAAGAACGGGGUGAGUGUGAGAGAAUGGGGGCUGAGCAAUGAGCUCAUUGCGCCGACUUCUGCGGGCAAUGGCUCGCUGAGAGGUUACAUACAAUAACAUUAAUGCAUCACUACAAGUAGCGCAACAGAUCGUCGCAGCAAGACGUUCUCCGGAACAAACGCCGGCGCAGGACGGAGUGAUGAGGCUGAAAAACAGCAUGCACGCAACGCCUCCAGCGCGGUGGAACACCGUUAUUAUUAUUAAUAUUAUAUUAUUAUUGGGCGUUGUGUAGUUACAGCGUAGGCAUCAUCAUUUAUUAUUAUUUCCACUACUCCGUGCGGAUAUCCAAGAUGACAUUAAGGAUAUCACUUAUUAAUAUUGUCCCAAGCAUCCCUAGGCUACACAGAAUGAUCACAGGAGCUUCUUAGGCGUCAGAAUUUUUUUAUUUUAUUUUAUUUUUAUUAUUUUAAUUUAAUUUAAUUUUAUUUUUCACCCGCUCAUGUUGUCAUGUGUUGAAUUUCCAGUGCUUCGACCAACGAUAUUAUUCCAACCCCAGAUUCAAAAUCAGAUACAUCAUAUGUCGUCACUUGUAGGGAGACGCUGUUCAACCCUCUAACUAUCUAUCCUAGUCUAACCGCAGUAUGAAUGGUCUCCGGUAGCCUCUGCGAACUGUUGAGUUUGAGUUUGCUGACCUGUGUCUGUCCAAGGGAGGGCGGGGUCCGGGGAAUGUCAUAAUUUAUAGCUUUGGGAUGUUUCAACGAGCAUCGUAGGGCAGAUGCAGUCUGUAUUUUCUCGUUGCCGACGACUUUCCAUGGCAUUUUCCCCGGUAAUCAAAGGAGUACUCAUCAAUAGAGUACCAGUUUGCUGAAGGUAGAGAGAUAUCUAUAGACCAACUAGGUAGGGUUCGCACGGUACAAUCCUCCUCGAAAAUGCUCGUUUUCAUUUCAUUUCAUUUUCUUUUCUUUUCAUUUCAUUUUCUUUCUUUCUUUCUUUCUUUUUUUUUUUCCCUAAGUUGAUAUGAAUAAAGAUAGUGUAAUUCAAUGCUUUAACUCUGUGUAGAGGCAGCAAAUAUAAAAAUGUACUCCGUAAUGAAGAUCAGGCGGGGGAGGAGAAUCCGAAACAAUAAUGUGUUUCUUAGUUAUUUAUGUAUGAUAAAACAUCCACCAGGACUUCUUCCUCUUGAAUAAAUCCACCUCUCCAACCCACAACUCAACACUCAACCCCACAGAUUGCGUAACUAUCUAUCAGAGGUCCUUUCAACGCAGCACGAAAGAUUCCAUCGACUCUCUGCGUUUAUUUUGACAUCCCUUCGCCGACUUCAAAUCCUUCAGAUAGACUCGCUGGCUCCCUCCCUCCCUCCCCACACUCCGUCUACGGAGUACCUAAGCAAGAAUUAGGCUGAACCACUGGGAACGCCCCAAGCGACCGAUAUUGAUCUGGCCACUUGUUGCGCUUUAUCUCUCCGCUCGCUGCUCUAGUUAGCGAUCUACGCGCCGUUUUCCCCUGGCCAGACCUCUUUAAACGAAAGUUGCGCGAUAUCUAGCCACUCGCUUCUUGCAGAGAGCAGCACGGACUCAGUUCCACUUGCGCAACUAGUUUCAUACAGACGUUACUUUGAGGCCUGCAGGGAGUUGCAAAAGUUUUCCUUAACCCUAGCUAGAGUUUGCUAAUAUUACUGUGAACAAGGGAGAGUAAGGUGUCCCACAGCUCUCAUCGCCAACCUCAAGCCACAAAACACUGGUUAUCAGGUAGUUUUCAAAACCUUCCCAGGACAGGCUAUUCUUUAGGAAAAUGUCUAUAAAUUGGGUCAUGCUCCAUGAAACGGAGGCAUUCGUCCGCCUUCCUAAUGAACGCAUCAUGUAUACUUCCCCGCCUCGAACAAGUCUUAUGCUUCAAAGCGGGAAUCCCAAACCGGGAAAUGAACCUCUGUCAGUUCAGAGUAGCACUGGACGUGUCUAUCUUACGAACCAACGAGUUGUCUACCUCCCGGCACAUUCCACUCCACAAUUCCAAUCAUUCUCCGCCCCUCUCCUAAAUCUGCAAGACACGCAUGUUUCAGCUCCCUUUUUUGGUCCCAACCUCUGGACCGCACAGGUCAAACCCGUUCCUGGCGGCGGCAUUCCCCCUUCCCAUGUUUCCCUCCAGCUAAAGUUAACUUUCAAGGAUGGCGGAGCAUUUGAUUUCCACUCAGCCUUCGAACGAAUCAAAGAACGUCUGCAACAGGCUCUCGAGCAAUCGCAAGAAAGCGGCAGGGCGACAGGCUCUGUGGAUUUCUCAGCGAUCCAUCUUGAUGAGCUCCCCGCAUACGAAGGACCCGGCCAUCCUACUGAGCCGACAGAUACCACGUCAUUGCCAGCAUUUCUAUCUCCGGAUCUGCAUGAACGGAAUAACCAUCGCGUUUCCAACCAAGACGAUAACAGUCGUACGGGGGAGCAUAAUCCUCCUGACUCUAGCCCUACAGAGCCUCCUCCGGGGUACGAGGAAGUUCAGCAACAGAGCGUUGCGAACGCGCUUGAAGCACGUCUGCGGAAAUAUCAGUGAUGACGAUGCGGAGGGAACAUACUUCUCUAUAUGUUGUUGUUACACAGUCUGACACCAUGCCGAUGGUGGAAGACUUCAAAAUCGUCAUUAGAAAAGAUGUUACUCGUGCAUGCAAGUUGAUAUGUAUUUCUUUCUGCUAGUAUCUUCUAUGGUGUAUGUAUAUAUAUACAUAGUUAAUGAUUAUAUGAGCUUAUGUGCUAUUUCUAUGAGUUUAUACGAAGGCUGAUGGAGGCGAAAGUUAUCAAACUGGCUUGAAUAUUAAGAAACAGUUAUCAUAUUCAGAUAUUAAAUUGGUUUCUGCACUAGAUUGUAUAUCCAUUGAUAUUUACUUACUCCU